AGUUUGCGAGCCGGGCCUCGAUCCCUGAGUGUAUCACUGAUAUCUCAAUUAAAAAUUGUGAUAACAUUACCAGGACGUUGAUCGCCACAAUGAAGCCCCUCAAUUAAUCGAACCCUCGCUAUUUUCUCUUCUAAACCACAUUAUCAAUGAUCAAAUAUCCAGUCCCAGCCGCUUCAAAUCAUCAGACUCACCUCUUCCACCCUCUUAAUUACCUGAAAUCUCACUGACAACACCAAUUAACAAUCAAACCUCAACAAUUAAAUCGAGAACUCCUCAAUUAGUCCCAACACUUCAACAAUUCCCUCUGUCAAACGACAAAAAACAAAUGAAUUCAAUUCUAACCUAAAAGUCCUCUGGAAAUCCCAACAACAAAUACCUCAACAAUGCUCCGGAUCUCCAGCAGAUCGCUCAGCAAACCCCACAAUCCCCUCAAGUUGAGCCGAAAUUUCCACAAAAUUCAAUCUGAGCAGAAGACAAUUAAAAUCCCAAAAUGCUCGAAGACGAUCAGAAGGGAAUUCUUGGAUUACUUUCUGGACCUGGACCACAAGAUCAUCCCCUCGAGUCGAGUGGCCCCGAUAUUCGAUCCCUCGGUGGCCUUCACCAACGCCGGAAUGAACCAGUUCAAGAGGAUCUUCCUGGAGGAGUUGGAACCCCCACAUUCCAGGGUUGUCAAUCACCAGAAGUGUGUGAGAGUCGGGGGAAAGCACAACGACUUGAAGGCCGUGGGGAUGGACAACUACCAUCACACCUUCUUCGAGAUGCUGGGGAACUGGUCCUUCGGGGAUUACGGGAGGAGGGAGGCCUGUGCUUAUGCCUGGGGAUUGCUCACAGGUCCAUUUGGAAUACCUAAGGAGCGUCUGUACGUCACGUACUUCUCGGGAGAUUCGAGCCUCAACCUGCCCCCAGACCUUGAGACCAAGGAAACCUGGCUGUCCCUCGGUCUCCAGCCCUCUCACGUCCUCCCAUCAGGCCUCCAGGACAACUUCUGGGAGAUGUCGCUCACCGGCCCCUGUGGUCCCUGCACAGAAAUCCACGUAAACACGUCUCACAACUUGUCAGCAUCCCCACCGAACCCAUCAGACCUCAAGGAACUCUGGAACCUCGUCUUCAUCGAGCAUCAACGCCUCCAGGACUCGUCCAUCCAACCGUUGAGGAUCCGUCACGUGGACACAGGAAUGGGAUUCGAGAGACUAGUAGCAGUUCUCCAAGGAAAAGACUCUAACUACGACACGGACCUCUUUCUCCCCCUCUUCGAUGCCAUCAGAACCUCCUCCUCAGCGCCCCCAUACCUCGGAAAAUUUGGAGAUGCUGAUGAAUCAGGUUUGGACACUGGGUACAGGAUUCUGGCAGACCACGCCAGGAUGAUCACCAUCUGCAUUUCCGACGGAAUGAUUCCGGAGGAAAACCACAAGUUGAGACGAGUCAUCAGGAAAUCCAUAAACGUGGGGACUGAUGUCUUCAGGAGAGAAAAACUUCUGUCCGAGGUGUGUUGUCACGUUGCUGAGACCCUCGGUGACGUUUACCCAGAGGUCUCCAAGAGCUUGAAGAAGGUCCAAACGAUUGUUGAGUACGAAGAGGACCUUCUGAAGGUGCUGAAGAGCUCCUCGGGGAAGAUGUGGAGGGAACUGGUCAAGGAAAGACCUGAACUUGGAGACAUCAGUGAUCCUUAUGCCUCUGGGCUGGUCCAGGGGUACAAGGAACUCCGGAAGGGCCUCCUAGAGGGAGGGGAGAGGCUGAGGGCUAUUCCUGGGGAGCUAGGGUUCAAGCUUUAUGACACCUAUGGACUCCAUCCCGAGUUGAUUGAGGAACUGGCGGAGGUGGAGGGCGUGGAGUUCGACAGGGAGGAGUUUGAGGAGAAGAUGAAAGAGGCCAGGGUUAGGUCCAGGGUUGGGGUGACACAGGGGAGGCUCUCUGAGGGCUGUUUGGAGGGCUUGGGAGAAGGGACUGAUGAUUCAGGGAAAUAUCGGUAUUGGGCGGAAGGGGAGGGGUAUGGGUUUGAGGAGGUGCCGGCCAAGGUGUUGGGGAUUUUGGUGGAUGGUAAAUUAAUAGAAGAAAAAUCUUUCCCCCUGAACUCUUCCCUGAAAACUAAACAGAUUGGAGUAAUCCUUGAUAAAACCGCAUUCUACACCCCAGAGGGGGGUCAGCUCUCGGAUAAAGGCCACCUGAUGAUGAAAAAUCUAGUCUUCAACGUCUCAGAGGUGCAAAAACUCCAGGACUACGUGAUUCACGUGGGAAGCUUUGACCCAUCGAAUUUCACCGAACAAACCAAUGAACUAUCAAUCAAUGACGACGUGAAAUUAUCUUUGGAUAAAAACCACAGGGUCUCGAUGAUGAGGCAUCACACAGCCACGCAUCUCCUCAACUCUGCACUCAGGAAAGUGUUCCCAGCAAUUUCUCAGAGAGGAAGUAUCGUCAGGCAUGACAAUCUCAUUUUCCAAUUCAGUGCCUAUGGGAAAGCCAUCACUCCUGAGAUUAUUAAGUCAAUAGAGACGUUGAUCAAUGAUUGUAUCGAUGCUAAAGUCCCUGUGAAGACCAAAAUCGUGGAUUCUAUUGGAUUUAAUAGGGAGGAGGAGUUGGUUCUAGUUCCUGGGAUGAUUUAUCCAGGGAAACAUCUGAGGAUUGUGGAGAUUGAUGGGAAUCAUUUGAAAUCCAAGGAGGCAUGUUGUGGGACCCACGUGCACAACACAAGUGCCUUGAACCACUUUCGAAUAAUCGAAGUGACGUCGAAGGGCUCGUCCUCUAGGACAAUAACAGCCGUGGCAGGUCCUCAGGUGCGAAAUCUGCCCUCCACGAUCUUGGAACAAUUUUCAAAAGUUCCUCUAGUAGCUCCAGAGGCCUCCAAAAACGUUAACGAGAGACGAGAGAUGGCCGAGAACUUCAUGAACAGUGAAAUCAAUUACGCAGUGAAGAACACAAACGAGAAUUUCGUCGUUCACUGUCUUCAAUCGAACUCAAUCGAAGCCGACGGCAUUCCCUUGCAGAAAGCUGGAGAGUUGUCUCCAGAGAAACCCAUUUUUAUUAUUGCCAAGGGGAGGAGAAAAGUCAAGGCUCGAUGUUUCGUUCCACAGAAUUGUGUGACGAAGGACUUCAACGCUGAAUUAUGGAUGAGAUCAGUGAACAAUGUUAUGAAAUCAACAAUAGGUUCUUUCGCCGACGAAAAUCCACUAUUAACUAGUCACGUAAAAGUUUUCAAACUCCCGAGAGCAGAAAUAGACUCUAGAGUGAAUGAAUCUCUCGAAGAGGCGAAGGAUUUUGCUCUAAAAAAUUGCAAAAAGUCAUGAAUUCGAAAAUAAUGGAACGAAUUCUUCAUUUUCAAUUCAAUUUGUGAAUAAACUAGAUUCAUUAAA